GAAGCCUAUUAUUUACAGUCCCACACUAGCUACAAAAACACAGGACACUGCUUAGGCUGACUAGAAUUGAAUCCUAUUAAAACAAGUGUCAAAAUGAUUCAACCGAAAACAACCGAGGCAAUUCGAAGCUCUGUAAGGUCCUCUUUGGUCGCCAGGGGUGAAGACUUCAGUAGAUCCGGACCCGAAUCUUUCAAGGCAAGAACACGCGCCAUCCGAGCCGGCAAUGUGAUCACAUCCCUGGGAGGGCCUGGCGGCGCGCAGCAGACCAUGGCCGGCGCACGCAAGGUUCGGGCCCAGGAGAGGGAGGAACUAUCCGCCCUGAACAACCGCUUCGCCUCCUACAUCGAGAAGAUGCGCUCCCUCCAGCAGCGUAACUGCACGCUGGAGGCACAGGUGCUGAAGCUCCAGUCGACUGAGACGACCGCACACACGAAGGCGCUUUACGAGAAGGAGACCAGGGACCUGCGCGCGCUGGUGGACGAGCUGUCUGAGGAAAAGGCCAAAAUGGUUCUGGAGAGAAACCAAUGGCGAGAACAGGCAGAGGAGUACAAAAGAAAGUGGGAGGAUGAGGCAGCCUGGCAUGCGGAGCUGAAUACUGAGGUUUCAAAGCUCAAUAAAAACUUGGAUGCUUUAACGCUAGUACGUCUGGACCUGCAGAAUAAGAUUGCUACGAUGCAGCAAGAGAUCGAUUUUAUGGUGGUGGUGCACAAGCAUGAACUGAAGCAAAUUCAGGACCAGUUGAACGAGAGCCUGUCCAUUGCCCCUGUUGAUUGGACUCAGGAGGCCGGACGUGACGUCAUUGCUGAACUGUACGACCUGCGCCAGCUGUAUGGAGACUUCUGCCGGGGCAUUCAGGAGGAUGCAGAGGCCAAGUACAAAGAGAAGUCCACCGAGCUUGAGCUCGAGCGGGAGCGGGAAAACAAGACAAUGCUGGCCGCCAGGAGUGAGCUCAUCACCUCCCGAAAGGAGGUGUCCGAUCUUCGAGGACAGCUCAACACCUUGAUGACCAGCACUGACAUCCUGGAACAUGAGAGCUCGUCCUCUUCAUCUUUCAGCGUCCAACAAGUAACGAUCACUUCUCAGGAUGACAUUGAAAUCUGCGACUGCCCCGUUCGAAGCCCACACGAGCACAGCAUGGCGACCCAGUUGGCCAAGAUGACCCGGACCGCUGAGAAGAAACAGCUCUCCGCCCUGAACGGCCGCUUCGCCUCCUACAUCGAGAAGGUGCAGGCCCUGAACCAGAGCAAUGCCACCCUGGAGAGUCAGUUGCAGGCCGUCAAGGCCAAAGCCGCCCCCGUAGAAAAGGGGAAGUACGAGGGGAUGCUGAGUGCACUGCGCGCUCAGGUGGACGGGCUGUCGCAGCAGAAGGCUCAGUUGGAGUCCGAGAGGAACAGCUGGCAGUCGCAGGCAGAGGAAUGGCAGGGGAAGUGCGAAGAGCAGUAUACGGUGCGCUCGGGGCUGAAGGCCGAAAUCGAGAGGAACAAAGCGGAACUGGCAAUCAUCAACGCUGCUCGUUCGGGCUUCGAGAGCAGGCUGGUGGCCGCGCAGGGAGAGAUCGAGGCAGUGAAUAGGACUAACUCUGCGGAGAUAGCAGCUAUGCGGGGAGAGUUGGCCCAGACUGUGACUGCGAUAGAGGCGAAGCAGGCGGCUGUGACAGGACCGGACCUCAGCGACACCCUGAGGGAGAUCCGUGAGCAGUACGAGGUGGUCGGCCAGGCGAACAGGCAGGACGCUGAGGCAAAGUACAGGGCGAAGUUUGCGGAGAUAGCCCUGCAACGGCAGAAAGACAGCGAGGCUCUGGCAGCCGCCAGGGCAGAAGUGGCUGAGUUCCAAAAGAAGAUAGACACCCUGAGGGCCGAGGCCGAGUCCAUCAGGAGCAAGAACAUCGCCAUGGAAGACGGCAUGAACCAAACGGAGACCCGCAUACAGAAGGAGAUGGAAUCGUACAGGCAGGCCAUCGCCAAACGCGAGGCGCAGAUCGAGCAGAUGAAGCUGGAGACGGCACAAAAUCUCACCAACUACCAGGAGCUGAUGAACGUCAAGAUGGCGCUCGACCUCGAGAUAGCCGCUUACAGGAAGCUGUUGGAGGGAGAGGAGAUCAGGCUGGCCGGUCAGGCUUAG